UGUUUCCUUGUUCCAUAUCUACUCCUUUUUUUUUAAGUCCACAUUGUUUAUCCCCAGUCCCCACAAAGCCAUUUCUUUUCCCCUUUUUGGACUGGUAGAGAUGGGGGACUGAGAGUAAAAUUCACCACUUGCAUAGUAGCAUUGUUAAGAAAGAGAUGUCUUGGGAAAUCGAAGAGAUCGGAGAAGAUAGCAAGAGUGAAGUAAUUAGCAACAAAGAUGGAGGAGUGAUCAAUGAUGUUCAUGUAGCAGUUGGCAAAAAUGACUUGCAUGUUCUUCAAUGGGCACUUGAUCAUGCUAUCUCCCCAGGAAUUCGCAUUUGCCUUGUGCAUGUGUUUCCUCCCAUUACUUAUAUUCCUUCACCAGUUGGGAAAUUAUCAAGAAGCCAAUUGACCCAACAGCAGGUGCAAGGCUACAUAAAUGAAGAGAGCAACAGGCGGAAGAAUCUCUUGCAAAAAUACAUCCGCCUAUGCAAUGAUGCCAAAGUACCAGUAGAUACUGUACUUGUGGAGAGCAAAUCACCAGCCAAAGCAUUACUUGAUCUAAUCUCUGUUGUCAAUGUUACCAGCCUCGUUAUUGGAACUAAACGAUCACUUUCCACCAUACGAGUGAGGAUGGGACAGGGAGUAGGAGAAUAUGUUCAAAAGAAUGCACCGGAUUUCUGUCAGGUUAAGGUUGUUUGUGAAGAAGGCAAAAAGAUGAAGAAUGGUCAAGUGCUGCAGCUAAAAGGUAGGCGGCCGGAAAUUGCUAAACAAUCUAACAGGAAUUUAUUUGAAUGGAUGUGCUUUUCUCCCAAGUUCCAUGGAGACGUAGGAAGAAAAUAAUACGAGAAGAGUUAGCGUACAACAGUACGAGUUUUUAAUAUUCUAAAGUUCGAUCCUGAAUCUUGUGUAUUCCGAAUGCCAUUAAACCUACUAAUUAUUUGACCUAUUAGGUUCGAAUUUAAUAUUUGUACAUAUUUAAUAAAUUUCUUAGUACAACUUAAUCCGUAGCUAAUGGAGUA